UCGUCCCUGAAAGGCAUCCGGUUGUUUAAUUGUCCCUGUUCGCGCGGUACGGUGCGGCGCGGCUGGGGGAAUGGCCGAGGGAGCUGAUUUAAUCGAUAUUUACGCGGAUGAAGAGUUUAAUCAGGAGACUGAUUAUGUUGCAAAUGAUCAAGUUGACCUUUAUGACGAUGUAAUAGCAGCGGCCGAUAGUAAUAACCAUGAAGAUCAAAGUUAUGAAGAGAUAUUACCACGGACACCUGGCGAGCCAAAGAAAACAGAAAACACUACCAGGCCAACUAUAGUUUACACAUAUGGAGGCAAACGGCAAGCUGUCUAUGUGGGAAACCUCACGUGGUGGACAACUGAUCAGGAUGUGGCAGAUGCUGUCCAUUCGGUCGGUGUGCAGGAUCUAUUGGAAAUCAGGUUCUCUGAAAACCGUGCCAAUGGGCAAUCAAAAGGGUUUGCUGAAGUGUAUCUGGGAUCUGAAAGUUCUGUCCGGCGACUCAUGGAGUUACUUCCACAAAGAGAACUUCAUGGACAAAGACCAGAGGUCAUGCCUUGCAACAAACAGAAUCUCAACCAGUUUGAAGCUCAAUCCAAGAAAAGACAGAAUCCUCAGAGAAGCCAGUCAUAUGACUCAGUAAAUUCUCCAGACCACCGUGAUUCCCCACUGCCCCGGAGAGGGCCAUCACCAGCUGAAAAUGCAAUUGCUGCUCCCAGGAGGGAUAAGUUGCCACAUUCCUUCCAAAUGACUGGACGGAAUCCAUAUGGUGAAAUUCCACAUGGAAUUCCACCUCCAGGCCUCCUUCACCCUCACAUGCCACUUCCCCUCAACUCUGGAUACAGACCACCACUUCAUAUGCACCCCGGGCCCCUGCCCCCACCAGGCUCAUUCUUAGCUCGACAUGGCCACCCAGGUUCUAUUGUUCCUCCAUUGCCACCUGGACUCCCACCCCAUCUAGUAGUGCCGCCUCCAGGUGCUGUUCCACCUGCACCUCACAUCAACCCAGCAUUCUUUAUACCACCAAAUGCCGGCUUGCCUCCAUCAAUUGAUAAUAGAGGACUCCCACCACUGCCAUCGGAUGCCUUUGGAAGACCACCAAUGACUCAGUUCAAUAGAGAUGAAUUCAAGCGUGGAAGAGAUCCCGACGCCAGUAGUCCCCCUUUGAGUGAAGCAGAUUUUGAAGAGAUAAUGAACAAGAACCGUGCAAUCUCUAGUAGUGCCAUCUCCAAAGCUGUUUCCGGGGCCAGUACAGGAGACUAUGGGAAUGCAAUCGAGACAUUGCUUACUGCCAUUGCCUUGAUCAGACAGUCAAAAGUUGCACCAGAUGACCGCUGUAAGGUUCUGAUCAGUUCCCUGCAGGACUGCCUCCAUGGAAUUGAGUCCAAAUCAUAUGGGUCAGGAUCCAGAAAAAGAGAUCGAUCGCGAGACCGAGAGUAUAGCCGCUCUCACGAUAGAGGCCGCAGGCACAGAGAGCGCUCUCACAGUGAAGAUCGACAUGAAGACUAUUAUCGUGAGAGAAGCAGGGAACGUGAUCGACAUAGAGAUCGAGACCGUGACAAGGAAAGAGAUCGGGACAGGGAAUAUAGGCACCGCUAAGAGGAGAGUUUUCAUCUUUGUACAGAUCCUGGAUCAGGAGAAAAAAAUUAAAAAGUCAGGAAGACAUUUUGAAACGAGUGAAGAAAGGAGAUGAAUUCUUGGGAGAAGUGUGUGCACCAAGACCAGUGGAAAGUGAAGUGUUAGUACACACACAGUUGCAACUUCAAGAAUUUCUCAAAUUCCGAUGGGAAUAGAUUUCUGGAACAUACGUUGAACAACCUGUUUUCAACAAUUACAUUAAACAUUUUAUACAUUCUCCGUUUCUUUAAGGGAUGCUGGCUGAUCAGAUCUUUUUUCUAAGAGGGCAUCUUCAAAAGGAGGCUGCAUUUUGAUUUCUGCCAAAUCUUUUCAUUGCUCACUGAUUGCAUUGAGCCUAAAUUCUGCUGCGAGUCACUGGUAAAAUAUUUAGGGGUGAAACGUCAUCAGUAAUGUGCAUCAUCUUGGAUAAACUUAAACAACUUAUUUUAUCAAUUUGUUUUGUGUAGCCGGUAUUAGUACAGAUCCUCUGAUCACUCAUGAUUUCAUUGGCAGUAGCAAUCAAAAGGAAAUGUUCCUAAUGUGAAUUUCAACACUUUCCAUGUUGCAAAAGUGCAGGUGAAUAAUGACUCUCAAUGCUCUGUCAAAGAAUUAAUACCUAAAAUUCUUUUAUAUUUAUAUAGGUUAGGGUGCAUGACAAUGAAUUUUUUGCACCUGUGUGCCAAGAACUAGUGAAGACCCUAUUUUAUUAAUUAUAUAAUUAUAUACUGUACUCUUAUCAUCCAGACUGCCCCAUGUGCAUUGUGAUGCCAAUGUGGAUUACGUCCAGCCAACGGGAUUCAUCUUUCUUUGUGAUAGUAGAGUUGCAAGAAUGUUUUAGUUUGUACAUUUAAAAUAAAUGAAGUUGUUUUUUUUUAGUUUCUUUUACAAGAUAAUGCAGAUUUUUAAAGAAAACCAUUGAGGAGAGAAGCCUUUACAAUUUAUCACCUGCAGAAUUUCAUUUUUCUUUGAAGCUAAAUAUCUCAGAUUGUCAAAAUAAUGUAAGUAUCCUCUUUUAGUCUCUGAGUGAGUAGGUUUCCCUAAUGUGACGAGCUUGGUUCUUGGAAAUCCUCACAUCCACGUAGCUGACCCUGGUGUUGCUUCACAUUAUUGUUACUUUUAAAGAGAGAAAAUCUUGCUGAAAUACUUUCUUUUAAACAGGUAAUAAAGCAAGAAGCCAUUCCUACAAUUAUAAAUUGAAUUAAUUUAAAGGUUUUAGAAUCAGUGGGAAAGUGUUGACAAUAUUUUUAGUGACUGAUGAUGAUGAUGAUGAUGCAGUAAGAUAAAUCUUCCCCUUCCUAGGAAAUGAGACAUUGAAUUUCUUCAGCUUUUAUGACCUGCAUGUUAAUUACAACAACAUCAGCUGCAAUUCUGCAACAGUGAGUUGAUGUAAAAUGUUAAAGGGUUAAUAUGGUGCCACUAAAAUCAUUUGGUCCUUGCCACUGUAUGUUCCUGGUGAACCCGCGAAAUAACAUAUGUCAGUGUCUCCCAAUCAUCUUGAAUUAAAACCACACUCGUUCACAAUCAAUACAUAUUCAUAUAUCUAUCCUAUAAAUGACUGAUUAUGGGGCUGGGACUGAAACAAGGAUUUUAGUUUUGCUUUCUUGUGAAUUUUAUAACUAAAUGACUUGAUGUUAUUAAAGCCCCCAUGGAUCCUUGUAGUCUUUGUCAUGUCCUCCCUUCUCUGGAAAAAGGAUCACAUGCCAAGAUUGUGAUAUACUCAUAUGUACGAUAGAGCAAAUUGGUGGCAAUCUAGUGGUAAGAAUGAGAAUUGAAGCCUCAGCAAUUUGGUUCAAGGUGAAUUUUUUGAUUCCAAGGCUAAUAAUUGAUGUCAGUGUGAACAGCUGUUGUCCGCACAUAUCCAGAUUUAAAGUGACAUAAUUUUCAGUAAUUCUAAGUAGGUCAAAGAAAUGAACACCAUAUUAUGGAAUAAUGUUCUUAAUAAUGUCAUGAUGGUCAUUUUGAAUGGUCCACAAGUUGCUUUUAUUGGUGCUACUUUUGAAAUUUCUGCAUGAGGACUAAUAUAGCAUAGACCAUGAAGGAUUUGUAAAGGACAACUGAGACUAACUAAUCAUCGCUGAAAACCUAGCAGCUAAUCAAGUAAUUCAUUUCAAUGUCCACCUUGAUGAUGUUUUGCACAGGCAACAAAAUAAUGGUGAGAAUUUCUGAAAUUUGCCAGCAAGUUUUGUGUGAAAGGUUUUUCUUUCAGGCCUUGAAUUAGGCUCGACUUUCAUUAAGUUGUUGAUUUAAUUUGUUUAGUGCUUUGGAGAGUUGGAAAUGAGAAUACCAUGGCUGUUGUGGGACUUGCAGCUGGGUUAGCACCUGCCGGCCUGGUGCUAUUGUGGUUGGUGCCAGCACUUGUGGGGAGGAAGGGAAUGCACAACUAAAGCAUUCCACGUAGAAUUUCAAUCUUUCUUCACUUGGGACAAUUUUCUUUUUUAAAAUGGUAAAAAAAAGUAUUUUUUUUAGUUGUACCGGUUUAAGGACAAGCAAUUUGUCAGUGACUUUGUAUUGUGCUUGUGCGUUUACUGUGAAAUUAAAAAAAUAAAAUUGUUGCGUGUUUUCUUUUGUAGCUUGUUACUCUGUAUAUUUUAGUGACACAAAUACACUCCAAUCUAUUAAAAUGUAGAU